UUGAGAUGACCCACCCGGCCAUAAUCCCCUCGCUAGCAAGACACUUCACCAACUCUGUAGAACGAACGGUGAAUACAGUGACAUUUCUUUAAAAAUGGUGCUGAAGGCUGUCUGUGUGUUGAAGGGAACCGGGGACGUUACCGGAACUGUUUUCUUUGAACAAGAGGGUGACGGCGCUCCCGUGAAGCUCUCAGGACAGAUCGCCGGGCUCGCUGCAGGAGAGCAUGGCUUCCACGUCCAUUCGUUUGGAGACAACACUAAUGGGUGCAUCAGUGCAGGUCCUCACUUCAACCCCCACAAAAAGGACCAUGCUGGGCCCAACGAUGUAGACAGGCAUGUUGGAGACCUGGGAAACGUGACCGCCGGAGCUGAUAAAGUCGCCAAGAUCGACAUCACGGAUAAGAUGCUCACCCUAAAUGGCCCACUUUCCAUUGUCGGCAGAACCAUGGUGAUUCACGAGAAGGCUGACGAUCUUGGCAAAGGUGGCAACGAGGAGAGCCUGAAAACCGGCAACGCCGGUAGUCGUCUGGCCUGUGGAGUGAUCGGAAUCUGCGCCUGAACGAUGCUUCAUUCCCCUGGCGUGGACGGCGCGGAAAAACCUCAGGCCCUUCCCCUGUACUAGCCGCUUAGAAAGACCAACAUGGCAACCUGGUGUGACUUAUUGUUGUUAAAACCCCUCUAUGGUCUUUAUUGAGCCGCCUAAAAAAGAAGCACUUAACUGUCUGGAUGGGUACUGCCUUACACGGGACUGUUGUAUGAAUGGCUGUUGGCAUGCGUGUUUGACCAUCAGGUUUGUUGCAAAAAUAAAAUGGGUAAUGCGUUGAGCAAUGUUGUCACUCUGUUUGCAGUUGCUUAAUAAAUGUACUUUGAGUGAAUUGUGUUUGUUCUCCUGAAAGUAUGUGUUACAUGACGACAGGAAUAUCAAAUUAAUUUAUGACUGUUUGAUUUGGUUCCAAAAUCUUAGGACCAUGUAUUGGUUAGUCAAAUUCAAUGUGGGAAUAUUUUUCUAAUGGUUCGAUGAUGUAAAAGUGUUUCAAGCUUUAUCAGCUGAAUACACUGUUCAAAGUUCAUGUGUUGGUUCUUCGUAUGGAUGAUUCAGUUGGCUAAGGUCACGUCGGAAAUGGCAUUACAUUUUAUAUCCGCUAGAGGGCGAUGUCACUGUUAAAAUCGGUAAUAUAUAAAAGUAAAGCAAAACACGAUGGCUAAUGUUCUCCCUGACACUAUUCAAGGUAAUUAUUCGUAGUACCGCUUUUACCGCUUUAUGUAUGGUUUUCAAGGAGAAGCAAACGCUUCAUUGAUCGAGUAAGACAUUAACGGACAAGGUUGUUCAGAGCAUAAUUGGCCGAAAUUGAAAAGCUAAAUUUCUA